AUGCACUUUGACCUUAAUUUCCCGAAGAAUAAAAACAAACAACCCCAGCAGUCCUCGUCAUCACCUUUCACUCCUGCACAGAUAAAGGGAAUCGAAGCUCGUCUGGACCUUCUUGAACACUUAGGAUACACUGUCUUUGCGUUUAAUCAAUCGGUGAACAAAAAAAUAGACCCAAAAACCCAUGUCAACAUUCUGGAUGGACUCCUUAAACAGCUGAGGGCGAGGCCAGGGACGGUGUUCUUGAAGCGACUUACAAUUGUUCUCGACAAUGAUAGCGAGAAAGGCUUUGGUUUGACGAACGCAAACGCCUCCCUCGUCGAGCCCUACGAUCUAAUUGCUCUCCUGCCGACGACUUCCGCGACAUUUUCACUUGCUUGCCUCACGCACAGUCUUCCUUCACCACUCACUGCACACAUCGUUGCUCUUCCUUUAACGCUCCCCCGACUUCCGUUUCAGUUGAAGCACACAUUGGUUAGAACUGCGAUCAAGAACGGCGCGGUAUUCGAAAUCAACUACGCAGGAGCCAUUGGUGGUGAAAGUGACGCCAGUCUAUCGGCCUUUGGUGUAAGUGAUACUGGUGUAAGUGGCAAACGGAAUUGGUGGGCCGCUGCACGAGAAGUUGUGCGGGUGACAAAGGGCAAAGGCAUUGUUGCGAGUGGUGGAGUUGCCUCUGAGGCAGACUACAGAGGACCCAAGGAUAUCGAAAAUUUGCUUACGCUGCUGGACCUGCCACAAAAUUUGGCUCACGAUGCAUCAGUUACUGCGCCCAAAUCGCUCAUCUUGCGUGCACAGGCACGCAAAACUUAUCGAGCGGUCUUAUCAGAACCCAGGUUGGUGGUUCCAGAACCUACACAGGUGAUGCCUCCCACACAGGGGACCGGAGAUAGCGAGAACUUGCGUGACAACGUUAACAUCUCCCAAACAUCGAGUCGAUCAUCUCCGAACCCUGCCGUAACGCUGCCUCAAUCAGCGGGAAGCAAGAAGCGAACUUGUGACGAAGUUGGUCUCGGAUCUACGAUGAACGAACAUGUGAACAAAAAAACCAAAGGAGCUGCUAAUGCCGAGGGCGAGUCCCGAAGAAAAAAGAAGAAAGGGGGAAAUAGAGGGAGGGUUGGUGCAGUCUAG